GAUCUACUGGGGCUGUUUCUACUUUUUCCCCUGGUUGCGAAUGUGGCGCAGGGAGAGGAGAUAAAAGGUAAAGGAGAAGGAGCAGAGAGAAGCAAGUAUCUCAGUUGAGGAACAUGAAGAAACUCUUCUCACCCACCAGCAUCUUCAUGCUACUGCUGUUACUCCUGAGCCUAGACCCCAGAGCAGCAUUGCUACUGCCACCCAGCACUACCUGUUGUACUCAGCUCUACAGACAGCCACUCCCAAGCAAGAUACUGAGGAAGGUCAUCUGGGUGGAACUGCAGGAAGCUGAUGGGGACUGUCACCUCCAGGCUUUUGUGCUUCACCUGGCUCGACGCAGUGUCUGCAUCCAUCCCCAGAAUCGCAGUCUGGCUCGGUGGUUUGAACGCCAAGGGAAAAGGCUCCAGGGGACUCUGCCAAACCUGAAUCUGGAGCUUCAAGGGGAAAUAGUCUGGAGUGACCAACACCCAAAAUAAUAAAGCAUCACUGAAUAAUAAUCUGAGUAUGAUCUCCA